CUCAAAGUGAAAGGACCACCACGUUUGCAGUCCCAGUGAAAUCUUCCUCUUUUCUCUAAUAUCCAAACGAAGAUGACCAAAGCUACUUCGGAUAAGACCAAGGCUCUCGCCGCCAAGAAGGCUGCCUUGAAGGGUGUCAACGGUCAGAAGUCUCGCAAGAUCCGCACUUCGACCACCUUCAACCGCCCCAAGACCCUCAAGCUUGCUCGCAACCCCAAGUAUGCUCGCAAGUCUGUUCCCCAUGCUCCUCGCUUGGAUCAGUACAAGGUCUUGAAGGCUCCUCUCAACACCGAGUCUGCCAUGAAGAAGAUUGAGGAGAACAACACCCUCGUCUUCCUUGUCGAUGUUAAGGCUAACAAGCGCCAAAUCAAGGAUGCCUUGAAGAAGAUGUAUGAUGUUACCGCCCUCAAGGUCAACACCCUCAUCCGCCCUGAUGGCAACAAGAAGGCCUAUAUUAAGCUUACCGCCGAUGUCGAUGCUCUUGAUGUCGCCAACAAGAUUGGAUUCAUCUAAACGCUUUCAAUAAACCUCUUUGCUGCGCGCGCAUUGUUUUCCGUGUUGGCACUUCGAACAAAGAAAAUUUUAAUGCUACAUUACUUUUCCUCUUUCUACAUGUAAUUAAUGGUUCCUUCUCGACAGUUUUUAUUUGACUUUUUUGGGUCGUAUUUGGCGCUAUAUGAUAGCUCUUUGCUAAGUUGUUGUUACAUGUUAUUACAGAAUGAUGAAAGUGCAAAUAAGAACAACAGAG